AGUGAGAGUCCAUACGAACCUUAACAUCUCACCUGAGACUAUACCCAACCAACAAGAAUGGCUUCCUCAGUUCUUCAGAUGAUGAUGGCCAUAGGACUUCUUGUUUUGAUUCUUCCCUGUCAUGCUGACGAUGAGCCAAAAAUUUCUGACCCAAAAGUAGGUAUAGAACUCCCAACAUUCUUAAAUUCCCUGGGCACUGGAAUCCUUGAAUCUGCAGUGGAAUACCUUCUCUCCUCAAUGGCCCGGAAAUCGGGCAAUGCUGUAGUCACUGUGCCAUCUAGCAGCCCCUUAUACUUUCAUUUUGAAAGUGGAUUUUCUGAAUUGGAAGAUAAACCAGAAACAGCUUCAUAAAAAUGACUGGAUGCCAGACCAGGCUACUCCUUCUCAGCUUUCCCAGCUAUCUAACCCAGAGACCCUGAGCUGUUGUAAUUGUUUUGUAUAUCAAUAAUUCCUGUCUAGCUCAGCCUAGAGAGAUUCUGUAUAGUCACUCUUCACUUCCUGGAAAACAAAAUAAAGUCCAUAAACUCAU